CAUAUUUGCUCCCAAAUGCUGAUUCUUUGUGGAAUGCAUAAAGAUUGUUCUCAGCUAAUUGGCUGUGUGGGGGCGGGGCUUGCUGCCAUAUCCCGCCAUGAAGAUGCGGUGGACGGUGAGGGAGAGCGUAAAUGUGAGACAGAUGUCUUUACGCACAGGUCAGAAUGCAUCGCAGCAUCACAUUUAAACUCUGUCCACCCACUAACGAGGGUAACACACAUACACACACGCGCACACAUGAGAGAGAAUGUGAGGUAAUGGCAGACAUUCCCAUGCAGCAGCACAGGUGGAAAUGAUCCAGCGUCGAAAUGUCACAGUCAAUGUCUGCAUCUGAUUGAUUAGAGGAGGAAAUAAUUAGCUCUGCUGUGCUGAAAGAAAUUAUUUUUUAAAAUAAAAAGCCACUGUAAUUACCUUAGCUCUCUUUGGAAGCAGCACACACACACACACACAAUUAGAAGAGCUGUACUGCCCCCUGCUGGACGCAUUUGCUACAACACUAGUAACAAGUGGCAUCAUUGUCAAACUGCUACCAUGUACUAACUACUGUAAUUAAACAUUACAUUGACAGUUGACUUCCACAUUGUUCUCAUUCCAAUGUUAAUUGGCCCCACAGAAAAUCAUGUAAAAAGAAAUAUGUUCCAGGCUCAAACUGUGGCUCAAACUCAAACUGUUUAACACAAAUAAAGUAAAAUGUCCAUGUAGCGGAGAUGGAAGACGGAGGUGUUUGCAGGGUGAUGCUGUAACCGAGUGGCCGUGUAUAGGUACUGAUGGAAUCAACAAAGCCUUGUAAUAUAGUCAUGAAUAGUAUUGCUCAUAUUGGACUGAGCAGCCUUUCCUAUUGCAUAGUCAGUUCCAUUUCCUGUUCUAUGGUUAUCAUCACAGUUUUCCUUUGUCAUCACUGGUACCCCACUGGUACGGACAUACUCACUGAUCUGAGGUGUCACACAUGAUGAAGUUUUUGAGGUAGAUUUAUCCAGAAUAUUUUGUUGGCUACGAAUGUUCCACUGUAGUCCUAGUUAGUCCCCCCCCCCACCACCACUAUAAAAGAGCAGGUUGGUCUCAGACUGUGGAGUCAUGAGUGAGAGUGGCGGGGGUGUGGAGCACAUCAGUCGAACCAGCCGACAGAACAUUUUCCAGUCUUGGUGUUCCCGCUCCAGGAGGUGUUGCUUCCCCUGCCGCAUGCCACACCGUCCCCAACGGCCGCCAUCUUGCAUCGCCGAUGCAAUGACUGCCUUUAAGGGCAUCUGGACUCAAGAGUUCUGGCGCUGUGUUGGCGCUGAGUUCUUGGCCAUGCUCUUCUUUGUCCUGCUGGGCCUGGGCUCCACCAUCAAUUGGGGGGCCGCUGAAGGGGACCCCCAGCUCCCUGACUUGGCACACAUCUCGCUGUGCUUCGGCCUGACCAUCGGCACCAUGGUCCAGUGCUUCGGUCACAUCAGCGGCGCUCACAUCAACCCGGCGGUCACGGCCGCCAUGGUGGUGACCCGCAAGCUGAGCGUGGCCAAGGCUGUGUUCUACGUGCUGGCCCAGUGCCUGGGCUCCAUAGUGGGAGCCGCCGUCCUGUACGGGGUCACGCCAGCCUCAGUGAGGGGGGGCAUGGGCGUCACGGCGGUGAACAAGAACCUGUCAGUGGGGAACGCUCUGGUGGUGGAGAUCUUAAUCAGCUUUCAGCUGAUCUUCACCGUCUUCGCCACUUGUGACCACAAACGCAGUGACCUGAAGGGCUCGUCGGCAUUGGCCAUCGGCCUGUCGGUGUGUGUUGGCCACCUGUUUGCUAUUCCGUACACAGGUGCUAGCAUGAAUCCUGCUCGUUCCCUCGGCCCGGCUGUGAUCACAUGGUCCUGGGAGAACCACUGGGUGUACUGGGUGGGCCCAGCCCUGGGAGGGAGUGUGGCUGCGGCCCUGUACGAGUACCUGUUCUGUCCAGACCCGGAAGCGAAGAAACGUUACUCUGACAGCUUCAUCAAGGCACCCUUCAUGGGAUCCAAACAGCGGCAGAACUCGGUCACGGCUCAGGAGCCGCUCUUCGGCGCCAUGGAGGCUGAGAGGGCUGACAGGAAGGAGCGGGACAGGGAGCGGGAGGUCUCUGGGGAGGUUCUGUCAUCGGUAUGACUAGACAGGAAGCAGGUCCAGGUCUGCAUUGCCGAGGCAACGCUGGGUCUGAAGGAGACGGACCUGCUGUAGACAAAUGUCAGCCAUUGAAAGGUACCUUUGGGUUAAAGACUUGUAGUUUAAAAUAAUAUGGGAAUAUGUACUUAUCUGCAGAAAGUACCACGUCUUUAUUGGAUGAAGGUGUUUAUUUGAAGGAGGCUUUUACUGUAUUAGUACAUUAGCUUGUGUAAGGUGUACAGCUUCAGGCCUCUGGUUUGACUGAAAGAAACAAAUCGGUAUAAAAAGAUGUUUCUCAGGGUGUUUAUCAGUUAGCACAAAAGGUAAUAAAUUAUGACACAUUCAUUAAUUCCAUUAUUUAAUUCAUUUUUUCCCUAUAAUUACUAAAAAUAAAUCAUGAAUGAAUGUAUUGUACAUGGCUGCACGGUGGCUUCGUGGUUAGCAUGUUGUCCACACAAUCAGGAGAUCUGGAAAAUGCGUGGUGCUUGCAUGUUUGCCCCGUGCAUGGAUUUUCCUGCUUGUACUCCAGCUUCUUCCACAUUCCAAAAACAUGCAUGUUACACUCUAAAUUGCCCAUAGGUAUGAAUACGAGAGUGAAUGCUUGUUUGUUUAUUUGUGCCCUGUGAUUGACUGGUGACCAGUCCAGGCUCCAGCACACCCCCGCGACCCUAGUGAAGACAAACUAGAUGGAUGGAUGCAUUGCACAUGUUUGUGAAUGUGAACAAUGCUCUGUCACAGGUAAUGUUUCAUUUCAACCAACAGGUGUCACUAUCGGCCUGACCGUGUGUGCGUGACUAAAUCAAAACUUACAUCGGCACACGCACACACCCACUUUGAGAAUGUCGACCCUGUUCCAGGGUCAAACCGUGGCCAUCAUAAACACUUUAUUAAGCGUACAGGCCGUGUUUUAAGUCGCAUUUUAACGGUCUUAACUGUCAUACAAGUGCAAAAAGAAGUUAAGCCUUUUGCGGUUCUUUUGCGUAACAUCAGCUUCAUUGUAGAUGAAUCCAAUCUGUCUUUUUCUGGGUUUUUUCACUGCUCACAUUUUGUACAAAUAGUUCACAUUCUGUUUCUGCAGCUCAUCUUUCACUUUUAAACUCCUCCAACCUCCUCCGCUCCAACACUCCUGCUACGACUCAGCGCACAUAUUAUCCUCACUUGAACGUGCACACACACAUCUUCACACAUUCAAUCUGUUCAGGUUGCCUGCUAGCGAAAGUGUGUUCUUUGUGUAAAUGCUUUGCUGAUUAGUCAAGGAGCAAAUUACCUGCAUGCCCCUUCCUCCCCCCUCAAAAAACCCUCAGCGUGCACAUCUCCUUUUGAAGACGAGCCAUGUUAUUUCUCCCGGCCCCCCGAGGCGGCGCUGGCAAGCAAGCGGUGAUAAAAUGGAAAAAAGGCGCAUGUGCACUCAGGACCAUUCUUAUCAGCGUGUGAACAAAGUGCAUACAAAUCAGACUUGCGCUGUACAUCAGAAGCACAGCUAAUUGUUAAGUGAGCAGCGUCUGUGAAGCAACAUGACUGACAAUUAAAUCAUUAAUCCUCACAUGAGAGCAAAGUGGAGACACAGCUGCUGCCCUUCGGCCUCCAAAACAUGUUAGCGUGGCUACAACACUUGGUGUGGCAGUCUCACUUUGUGCACUUCCAUACUUACACUUAGCAUUUUGAGUGCAUAUACUGUAAUUCCAAUGCAAAGUACAGCAAAAUGCAGUGGGCUCUCAGUACCCAGAUGUUGCACUCAGCACGCCUCAAACGGUGAGUGCACAGUGCUGGACACUUAACACCCUCAAUAGUCGGCAUCUUGGCUAUUUAGCAGGCGACAAAUAUUUUAUGGUGCCAUCCAAAUGAUGGAAAGUGCUUGCAAUUCACCAUUAAGGAGAGAAGAAGGAGCCAGAUGAGGUACCUCGGGUAUCUGGUCAGGAUGCUUCCCACACGCCUCCCUGAGGAGGUGUUCAGGGCACGUCCGACUAGUAGGAGGCCUCGGGGAAGACCCAGCACAUGUUGGAGAGACUAUGUCUCUCAACUGCCCUGGGAAUGCUUCGGGAUCCGCUGAGAGGAGCUAGGCAAAGUAGCUGGGGAGAAGGAAGUCUGGGCUUCUCUGCUUAGGCUGCUGCCCCCACGACCAGAACUUGAAUAAGCGGAAGAAGAUGGAUGGAUGGAGAAGUAGUAGUGGGUAAAUAUUGCAGUCGUCAUUUUCAGGAAGUGUGCAGCAACAGUAAUGGAUUUGGGACAGCACGACACUGUCAUCAUGUUCGCACAUGCUGUAGUAGGAAAUACUGUAUGUAAACAGUAGAUGGCGGCUAACGUCUAGCAUGGUGAUGCGGACAGUGUUACAUCUAUAGCUUCUUCUCAUCUAUGUCCUAGUCACAACCUGUGUGGAAGAACUAUGGAACAUGUCUGGUCCGGUCCUAUUCCUGUUUACAUGGUGGAAUAAAUCCAUUUCUACCUGGAGGAGCAGUACACACAAGUGGACUCAAGUCUGGACCCAACAGAGCGAUGGUUUGGUUUGUUUGGACAUUCCGGGAUCUUUGGAAUUUGAACAGAACAAGAGCAACUCAUAAAAGAAGAGGGGAGCUGUCCUUUCAGAAGUGGACCUAAAAAGGAUCCCUGAAGACCACCCCGAUAGUGUCAUUUAGCAUGGUGGCUAAUGUCGCUGCUGAGUGAGUUUAAAGAGAAACAUUCUGUAUGCGGUCACCACCAGUGUUGGGCGAAACGGCAUCAAAAACAACGGCACCAAUAUUGUUGUCCAGUAACAGGUAAUCUAAUUAAUGAUUAAAAACGUAAAAAGUUACGCCAUUAAUGGCAGUGAAGUGUAGUGCAUUAGUAUGCGCUGAUAUCUAUAUCAACGAUCUGGAUGUCACUUCAGUUGCCAUUGUUCACUACAACAACACAAGAAACUAAAUGCUAGUCAACAAAAUUUGUGGUUGCCGACUCUGUUAAACACCGCCCUCUAGCGUUUUGUUAGAAAACUUUCACAAGCUCAUCCCUCAGCCCUUACCUCAUGAAAGAUGCCACAACGCCACAGCAAUGCUAAAUCACAAUACUUUUACAUAUUUGAAGGUUUUCGAAAAAAUAAUGCACGAAUUACUUUCCCUGGUAACUAAUUACAUUUGUGAAGAAGUAAUUCCGUGGCUAAUUCAAUGACUUUUUGAUAUAGUAACUAACUUUAAGUAAUUUGGUUGCCACUAACAUUAAACAGAACAAUCCAGUUAGACCUGUUUCGUAUCACAUGAAGUCUACAUGUGUACGUGUCUGUCUGUAAUGUGAACAAUAAUGUGAUGUGAACAGUAAUCUGUGGGGUGUUUGCGGCUGAAGCCACAAUGUUUGUGGUGUCUGCUUUGUGGGUAACAUAAAAAUGCAUGAAAAAUGAUGUGUACAUAAUAGCAAGAAUGCUAUGACGUCACAUGUAUUUUAUGUGACACAAUAAUGCACUUUAAUCAACUACAUUUA